AUGCCGUAUUUAAAUGGCGAACCUUUUGUCAAACGACAACCUCCAAGUGAUCUUUCUAUGGAUGAAGAGUUGUUUUUUCUACCCACCACUUUGGAAGUCUUUCGCGACUAUGAUGACUACUUUGAACGUACUAUUCUGGUAAAUAGUAUGACAUGGACUUGUUCCGUGUGUAAUCGAGGACCUUCAACUUAUAAAGAAGCAAUAGCCUGUGAACGUUCGGAUUAUAGACAAUUGAGUGCUUUCGAUAAUUCUCUGGCUUCUGGAUUGCUAUAUAUAAUAGCGGGUGCACGAAAACAGAGACUACCAGAACUUGUUGAAUUGAUAUGUGGGUUCGCGAGUAGUCGGUUUUUCGUUGGUGAAGAGAUUGAAUUCCAGGUUGCUGACUCAAAUGUUCGAUCCUUCGGUGUUAUCGACCGCGUGGUUUUGUCUCAAAAGAGAAACCAGUUUGAACAUAGUGGAGUACUGACAGAUUCAGAUGUUCAGAAACCUGCUUUUCUUGAUGCACUAAAACUCCACUAUUGUGUGAGGGAGCACAAAAAACCUGAUGGUACAAAUCAUAUAUCUGCUAGUGUUUUAGUUCCUGGAUCUAUUAUUCAUCGUCGUAACCGCAAUGUGUUAGCGAGGGAUCACAUCAAGUUUUUUAUCCGUCAUACAUGUGAAUUAAAAAAUGGAAUUUUCACUCCCAAGACUUCAAUUAUGCAGCAACCUCGUUGGUCUGAGCUUACACCCGCACCUCCGCAAGUCUCGAUAAAUCGAACUGUAGCCAGCUUCCCAAAGGAAUCUAAUCGUCCUCUCUGUCAAGGUUUCAAGAUUAUCGAUACUUUUGUGGAUGAUAAGUCUAGUCGAGGCCAAUCAAAGUUGUCGGGAAGCGUUCCUGGUUCUACUACUUUUAAGCAUAAUAUGACUCCAUCAGCUGGAACAACAACUCGUGUACAGUAUUUUGAACCUCUCAGUUUUCAGUCGCAAAAAGUUCUUUAUCAACAGACACAUACAAUAAUGAGUGGUGCACAUACAAUGAAUGGUUCACUUAAUCAGACCUUACCGUUAUCCACUUGCGAUUUACCCCGUUCACUAAAAGUUGAAAGAAAUGAAUUGGAAAAGGAAUGGAGUAUGGUACGUCGCCGCGAAGACCUGGAAUUGUCUGAUUUGGUACCUUUACCAGAGUUUACCAAGUUCCCUAGCUCACUGUCUCCGGAUGAUCUUGGUUCAGCCAUACAAUUACUCGAAUUUUUUCAUGUAUUCGGGGCGUAUAUUGGAUUGGUUGUUCCACGUACUAGUAAAUCAUCAGAGUUGAAUAGUACAGCUCUUGAACGUUCGACCUUUCCUCUUUCCUGUUCUUCACUUACAUUGUCUGUUUUGGAAAGUAGCCUUUUAGAGUCUGAUCCUUGUGGUCCACUGGCUGAUUUCUUCAUCACUAUGUUGUCUACCAUACGACGACUAGAACUUGAAGCCAGUUCUCGUCAGCCAAAUCCAAAUGCUUCUGCAGCCACUAUCGCUGCAGCUUCGGCUGUUGCCGCUGCUGAGGCUGGAUUCGCUGUGAACACGCAAGUUUCUCAUGUGUCCGGUACGGGUAUUGAUUACAGUUCUCUUUACGAUGAAGAUUCUGCAAGUCCUGAGGAUAGUGCUCUUUUUCGUGUACUGCGAGAAGCUGGUACGUCAACUCGUUUAUGUGAAUUAGUUGGAAUACCAACUCAAGCAGCUACAAUUGCUGCCGGAAAGGCUGCUGUAGCUGCUUCUGUAGCUCUAAACACAACGGGUGGAACUGCUGUUAAAGAAGAUAUUUCAGGGAGUUCAUCCUCAGUAUGUCUAAAUGCAGUUAGUCGAAAUUCAGUGACGCGUGCUGCGACAACGGCGGUUAUUGCUGGGGCUGCAUCGUUACCACCUCUAGAUCGUGCUGGUCUUACAGAAGCUCUUUGGUUGCAUAUAACCAGUGCAGCUGCAAAAGGUGGAGGUUGGCGUGGUCAGAUUUGGGGAGGUACGCGACCACUCGAUGACCCUUCAGUUAUGCUGUCUCGAAGCAAUGUGGGCUUAGUUGAAAAACUAAAAACAGUAUCAGUUUAUGAACUAACUCCACAUGAAAAGUUAGUCUUGCUAACCAGUUUAAUGGAUGAGCUUUUACUUCAACCUCAAAUUCGGGAACGUAUGGAAGAUCAGUAUGAACGUGUACGUUUGUUACGUAAUCAACUGCGCACUGUACAAGCUGAUAGGUCUCAGUUGGUUAGCUCCAAUUUUGUCACUGAUGAAGAGCAAGAAGUUUUAUCUCAUAUGAAGAAAAUAAGUGCAACAAGUGAUGGACGUGCCCAUUCUAUCCCUCUCAGUCUUAAAGGGAGAGUUAACCGAGGAAGAGGUCGUCCAGUAGGUCGUAAGAACACUCAACCGGAUUCGCUCAUCACUCCUUUGGAAACGUACUUGUCAAACAAUGAUUAUACAGUAAUCAAUCAAAAAACAAAUCGUUCGGAUUUCGAUACUGCAACAUCAGCAUCUUCUGCAUCUCUACAGUUAAUACCAUUCAUGAAAAAUUAG